CAUAGACCGCAGUGAAUAGAUGGAAAGUUCGAGUUUGAGUGUUUAUUGUUAUUGAUGUGUUUUGGUGAUAGUUUUUGUUUCGAAUUGAUUGUUUGUGGAGAAAUGUGUUACUUGAGGAGCGAUUUUAAGCCGGAAAGGAAGUGAAGGGACCUUUCUGGGUUCUCGAAUGUGGUGUUAAGUGAUAUAAUUCGUCGUUGGUUAACAUGGGAGCUAGAAUGACGCCGACGACCAUCCACUUCGCCGAUAAAACCCUUGCAGGUGUACCACGCCUCUUGGAAGAUCUCCAGAGAUUGGCCGAAGAUCGAGAUUCUGCCGACAUAGUUUUCAUCGUGGGUAGAGACGAGUUACCUGUUUACGCCCACAGACUCGUGCUGAGAAUGAGAUGUACCAGCUUUCAAAACGUCAAGAGGGGAGAAAUUUGUAAGGUUCCAGGUUCCACAGUGUCUCCGGCACCUCCCGGUAAUCCCACACCCAUCAGGUUGCCACACGCCAAGCCAGAAGUGUUCCGCGACGUUAUGUUUUAUGUGUAUACAGGAAAGAUCGUUCUUCAGGACAGUACAGUGUUUGAGACACUGGCCAUUGCUCAAGAAUUAGGCAUUGAGGAGUUGCGACUCAGCUGUGAGGAUCACACCAAUAGCACUCUGUCCAUACAUAAUGCCUGUACGUUCUUGGCCGCUGCACUCGAUUUGGAACACAGAGUUCCUGGAAAUAAAGGCGCCCACUCGUUUGUAGACAGGUGUACCGCAUUUAUAGGUGAGAACUGCAUGGAGUGCGUCAGGACGACCGCUUUUCUCAAUCUGCCAAAAGAGGCCCUGAUUCAUUUGAUUUCUUCCGAUUUCUUGGCCAUGGAAGAAGAAGACGUCUGGAGAGCCGUUCUGUCGUGGGCCAAACAUCAGGCGGGUGUGACUCAACCCACGGCACAUUGGACCGAAGAAGAAAGAGCAAGAGUGAGUCAGCAACUUUCUGGUGUCAUUAAUCACGUACGACUGUUGUUGAUUGACAGUCAGGUGUUUGCAGAAGAAGUGGAACCGACUGGUGCGGUUCCCAUGGAAUUGUCAUUAGAGAGGUACCGUUUUGCGGCUCUUCCCAGUAAGUUUUCUCACACUGAAGAUAAAAGAAUCCAACCCCGCACAUCACUAAAAUUGUUUCAGGGAUCGCAGCUUUUGACUGGCGAUAAAUUACAUUUUCAAAGAAUCUUGAAUGCUUGGUAUGGUGUUCCCAAGCAAAUGUGGCAUCUGUUGUAUCGUGCAUCCACUCAUGGCUACUCAGCCGACUCCUUCCACCAUCACUGCGAUGGCCAUGGUCCCACCUUCGUCAUUGCACUCGGCACCAGAGGCGAACUGUGUGGGGGUUUCAGCGAUGUGCCAUGGGGCAAAACCGGCGGCAGGUGGCGAUACGUGCCAUCUGAGAAAGCAUUCCUGUUUACUCUCGUAAAUAAUGUAGACGUCCCACCGACCAAAUUCGACGUGGUCAAGAAGAUAUUUGCCAUUGCCCACCAUCCAGAAUAUGGUCCCAUUUUUGGUGCUGGAGCGGACCUGUGUAUCGCUAAUAACUGCAAUGCCAACCUAGAAAGUUAUUCCAAUCUUCCGCAUUCCUACGACGGUGAAAAAGCAUCUUCGACUCUGCUGAUGGGAGAUUAUAAUUUUACGGUGUUAGAUUACGAAGUGUUCACUGUCCUCGGAAAGUAAUGUGAUAAUUUGUAUUUUUCUUCAUUGCAAUAUAUCAUUGUUUACGGUAUAAGCAUCCAGUUGUGAUCAGUUGUUCAAUAUUUCUCAUAUCUUCUCGGUUACAUUUAUCUAUUUUUUUGUGUGCAUUUACAAAAUCCUUUUUUAUAGAAAUGAACUAUAUCAUAAACUGUCUCCAAGCCAUAUCAAAUGUGGAUAAGGUUUGAAAUUUCAAGAAACUGUCACUUUACAAAAUGAAAUUCAAGUUUUAAUAGCACAUACACUCACAAUGUACUGUACAUGUAAAUAAAAAAAAUGCAAUUUUGAUGAAUUUUAAAUUCAUUGUGAUAUUUUGAAUUAAAAAUCUUAUCUUCAGAUAUUGAGAUUGCUGCCAAAUUUUCAAAGCUGUGUGUGUAACAAUUUUUCUAAAUUACAA